AUGGAAUUCUCUUCAUCCACAUCUCAGAAAAGUAUUGGGUUGAGAGAAGGCUACGAUUUCUCUCCAAAGAAGCACUACCAUGUCCUUUUCCAUGGUGUCAAUGGUACGGUUGCUCAUGAGUUCAUCGUCGACUUAAGGGGCUUUAAGAAUACUGUUGGAAUUGAGCCUGAAGAUGUUGCUAAACGUCUCAUGGACUAUGGAUUCCGUGGACCAACAAUGUCAUGGCCAGUUCCAGGUACACUUAUGAUUGAACCAACUGAAAGUGAAAGCAAGGGAGAAUCGCAACCACUAUCGCUACUCAUGGCUGAUGCAUGGACUAAGUUGCAUUCUCGGGAAUAUGCUACCUUCCUUGCUCCUUGGCUCAGGUUUAAUGCCAAGUUCUGGAACUACAGGUGUGCUUAA